AUGGCAAAAAUACACCCUAGCCCUAUGGUCAACACUGUUCGCAGUGGGACUUUGAUCAAUUCAGUGCCAUUUGCGGUGGUACUAGAUGAAGACAAUCCGGGUGAUGAAGUCGAUCCAGGCGGUGAAGACGAUCCAGACGAUGAAGACGACCCAGACGAUGAAGUCGAUCCAGACAAUGAAGUCGAUCCAGACAAUGAAGUCGAUCCAGACAAUGAAGUCGAUCCAGACAAUGAAGUCGAUCCAGACAAUGAAGUCGAUCCAGACAAUGAAGUCGAUCCAGACAAUGAAGUCGAUCCAGACAAUGAAGUGGUUGGGGAUAAGGAAGUGGAAGGGGUAGAAACGGGCGUAGAGGUGGGGAAACGGCUCCCGCGGGUUAUUGGGUGGGUCCCCGCGGGGCUUCCUAUUGAGUUACGCCACAAAAGGCCAGUCGAAGAUGGAGAAUCACCCUGGGGCCGUAUUGUUCGCGUUCUAGUAAGACUCAGAGGACUAUGCAAAUGUAUUGCUGAAGACGUGCUUUCUAAGACUGUGACCGUUGUAUACCGAGUCGCGGUGCCUGUGGUAAUCAUGGUGGUGCUUAUCGGGGUGCUCAUCGCAUGUAUGUCAUGA